CUUAUGACUUUGUCACACAUCCACAUGCCUACCUGGUGGUAAACGUGAUCCAGUGCUACAGGUCAAGGAGGCUCGUUGAUCAGUCUCCUUCAAUUCCGUUCACAAUCACUUGGAACACUUGAAGACCGGCUCAGCGAUGUUUUGUCGCGCCUUAUUCAAAUCUCCCAAAUCAUUGUUUACGAUUGGGUGUACUGUGAUGUCCUCAUCUCACAAGUCUUGGAAUUCAAUAUAUGAAUUCACUGUUAAAGAUAUCAAUGGUGUGGAUGUCUCCCUAGAGAAAUACCGUGGUCACGUUUGUCUAAUUGUUAACGUCGCUUGUAAGUGAGGCGCAACGGACAAGAACUAUCGCCAACUCCAGGAGAUGCACACUCGACUGGUUGGCAAAGGCCUCCGUAUAUUAGCGUUCCCCUGCAACCAAUUCGGCGGACAGGAACCCUGGGCGGAAGCGGAGAUUAAGAAGUUUGUGACUGAAAAGUAUGGCGUCCAAUUCGAUAUGUUUUCCAAGAUAAAAGUCAAUGGGUCUGACGCUGAUGAUCUCUACAAAUUUCUUAAAAGUAGACUACAUGGUACCCUAACAAAUGAUAUUAAGUGGAACUUCUCUAAAUUCCUUAUAGAUCGUCAAGGCCAACCGCUUAAAAGAUAUUCUCCUAUAACUGCCCCAAAUGUGAGUUGCUGAAUUUUCAAUAUUUCUAUAUUGUUAUCAGUUCUGGCUGUCUAAAUAGAUAGACGUAACUUAAGAUAAAUUGACAAAAUCAACAAUCCACCCAACGCACUACGAUUUUUUCUUAAUUGUCUAAGUAUUUUGUUGUGUUGUUUCUUAAGUAUGUAAUUUUCAGUCACUUAAUGGAUUUGAAGCUGCCAUUAAGAAAUUUUACUCAUUUGAAUAUUUAGCAGGAUAUUGUAGGAGAUAUCAUGGAGCUUUUGGAAAAGAAGUGAUCAAUGGAAUUUUUGAGCUUUGAACAAAUUCUCGCUAUAUGACGAUGGCAAUCUCAAAUGUUCACUGAUUGCCAUUUGAUGAAAUCAGUUUUGUGUGCACCUGAUUGCAGAAUUUUGUUUACCUUGCUCAUAUUUUUCAUUGAAACUACUCAGAAUAAAUGUGCUAUCUAUAA